UAAGUGACCGCCUCAAAUAAAAAAAAGAAAAAAAAGUCUUAAAUUUUAUAUCCACUAAAAAUCCUGCCGUGGAUAAGUAGACUUUGCCCCAUCAGGCUAUUAUGAGGCGGUAAAUCUGCCCCGUUAUCACGCGCAUCUCGCUUCCACCUCUCUCUCUCUUGCUCUCUUUCUCUCUCUCUAAUCACACACACACACACGCGCGGGCGCGCGCACAGACACACACCGAUUAAAACAGCGGGAGCACGGUGCCAAGGACGUCCAUCCACACGGAGGAGAGUAAAAAUGGAAAUCUUUAACCACAGGCUGAACAACUAUAUUGACUCAUGGAUGGGUCCCAGGGAUCCUCGUGUGAGAGGCUGGCUACUGCUGGACAACUACCCACCCACUCUUGCCUUCACCAUCAUGUACCUCAUGAUUGUGUGGAUGGGGCCAAAGUACAUGAGAAACAGGCAACCCUUUUCCUGCCGUGGAAUCUUGGUGCUGUAUAAUCUGGCUCUAACUUUUCUCUCCUUUUACAUGUUUUAUGAGCUUGUGGCUGGUGUGAGGCAAGGCGGCUAUAAUUUCUUCUGCCAAGACACUCACAGUGGAGGAGAAGCUGAUAACAGGAUUAUUCACGUGCUGUGGUGGUACUACUUCUCCAAGCUCAUCGAGUUUAUGGAUACUUUCUUCUUCAUCAUGCGCAAAAACAACCACCAGAUAACCUUCCUGCACGUUUACCACCAUUCCACAAUGCUGAACAUCUGGUGGUUUGUGAUGAACUGGGUGCCAUGUGGACACUCCUAUUUCGGAGCCACCUUUAACAGCUUCAUUCAUGUGCUCAUGUACUCUUAUUACGGGCUCUCAGCUAUUCCUGCCAUACGUCCGUACCUCUGGUGGAAGAAGUAUAUAACACAAGGCCAACUGAUCCAGUUCGUUCUGACCAUGAUCCAGACAUCCUGUGCUGUGGUGUGGCCUUGCGGUUUCCCUAAGGGUUGGCUGUAUUUCCAGAUCAGUUAUAUGAUCACCCUUAUUAUUUUCUUCUCAAACUUCUACAAACAGACUUACAAGAAGCGCGGGGAUGCUCUGAAAAGCGAUCACCGACACAACGCCGUAAAGUCUGUGAAUGGCCACUCGAAUGGCACGACUCAUAAAGAAACAGUAAAACAAAGGAAGCCGAGGGGCGACUGAGGACCUGUACAUUCACCCAGUUCCUCUUUAGCUGUGUAACACUUCUGCGAAUGUGUUGAUCGACUUCCCGAGUCUAAACACUGCAGAGACAGAAGCAAAAUAAAAGUCAAAGGAUUUUAUUGUUGAA